AUGUCUUUGGAUAAUUACUUUGUGUUCGUGUUCAAGAAAGAAUACAUGCUAGAGAAAAUACUUAUGAAUGGAUUUAGUAUAAUGAAGCCUUGCCAAACGUCUAUAAUCAUCAUCAUUAUGAAACUAUUCCUACUGGAGAGAAAUUUUGUGAAUGUUAGCAGUGUGGUAACACAUACUGGAGAGAAACAUUAUGAAUGUAAUCAAUGUGGUAAAGUCUUUGCAUAUCACAGUCAUCUCCAAAUACAUAAAAGAACACACACAGGAGAGAAACCUUAUGAAUGUAAUCAAUGUGGAAAAGCCUUUGCACAGCACAGUAAUCUCCAAAUUCAUGAAAGAACACAUACUGGAGAGAAACCUUAUGAAUGCAAUCAAUGUGGUAAAGCCUUUGCACAGCGCAGUCAUCUCCAAAUUCAUAAAAGAACACAUACUGGAGAGAAACCUUAUGAAUGUAAUCAAUGUAUCCUCAGUUCUUCUACAGAGCUGCAGCCCAGCGACUUCUUCACCACAGAGGGCGCUGAGGCACUGCGCUCAGGUGGUGAUUAUCUCAGUGCUCACACCUUGGAUUCCCUUCUCUAG